UAGAAAUACGUGAUUAUCAACUGUCGCAAUCGCUAUUGAAUUCUUUUAUCGAAUCUCUUAUCAAAAUUCUUAUCGAAGUUCUUUUAUUGAAAUUUUUUACUAUGGAACCUCCAAUUGUCUAUUAUGCUCGUUCAGAAUACAUUGAAACUACCAUUAUUCAAACUGAUUGUGUAAUUCGUGGCGAUUUGAGACGUACUGGUGGUGGUCAUGCGGUAGUCGUGGCCAUUGGAAGAUACUGUCUUUUAGCUAAAGGGAGCAUUAUUAGGCCUCCUUAUAAGACAUAUAAAGGUUAUUAUCCUAUGAAAAUCGGAGAUCAUGUCACUAUUGGCGAAGGAAGCAUUGUUGAAGCAGCAACUAUUGGAUCAUUUGUGCAUAUUGGAAAAAAUUGCGUUAUUGUAAACGAGGAUACUCCUCAACAACGGCAUCAGCUAGGCAUAACUACAGAGGAGGAUAAUGAUGCCAAU